AUGCUCGCGAAGCUGCUCAAGAGCAAGUCCGUGGGCGAGAAAGGACUGCGUCACCUGGUGGCCUGGAGCGUCUACACGCAGCUGGUGCAGUACACAGUGCCAAGGUUGCUGGUUGGCCGCAAAAAAGCGAGCGACGCUUGCUACGAUCACGUCACAAAGGCGAUGAAGUUGGCUUUGGUCAGCACAUACUUGCACUCCAUCGUGAAGAAAUAUAUGCUGGAUCAAGUGAACACCAUGUUGGCGAACAUCCGCAAUGUCUUCCGGGAUGUGUUGAAGUUUUCAACCUGGGUCACGGGAGAUGUUCGUAAAAUCGCCCUCCGCAAGCUAGACAGCAUGAAGUCAUACGUGGGAAGUCCAGGACAGCACCUUGACGCCGCUUUCGUGGAAGAACUUUACAGACCAUUCCCCGACGUACCCAAAGAUGGUCUUUUCCCCACAUGGAUCAAGGCUAUCUCGCUUUCGUCCCAUUAUCUUUGGACCGACCAGACGACAAUGCUAUACGACGAGACGGCUGUGAACGCUUUUUACCACAUUAACAUGAACACUAUUGUCGUACCGACAGCCAUCAUUCAGCGGCCCUUUUAUUUCUACGAUGGUCCACUGGCUCUCAGCUACGGUGGCCUUGGAGGGGACAUGGGGCAAACAGAAGAAGUAGAGAUGGUGGGUGACUGGAGCAAGGUGAACGUCCUCAGUGGGGAAGGAAGGGUUGAGGGCGGCACGGUGGUUUCGACUGUGACCCUCAUAAAGCCCUGGCCCCGGCACCAAAUGUUAGAUGACACGCUUGACUCCGAGAACCUUGCCGACUUCGUGGGCGUGAGGAUUGCAUACCAUGCCUUCACUUCGUUGUCCCACCGGGAGCGGACACUCACGCUGGCCGGCCUCAAUAUAUCGGCGGAGCGGCUCUUCUUCAUCAGCCACUGUGUCAAGUCGUGCGCUCGGUACAGCCGAGUAACGAGUGAAUAUGCACCAUACCGCUCCCGGUGUAUAGUGCCACUGAUGAACAUGCCCGAGUUCUCGAAUGCCUUCGGCUGCGGGGCCGGGCAGCCCAUGAACCCGAAAAAGAAGUGCAACUUCUGGUCAUAA